AUGCCUCACUCCAAGACACCUGGUCAGUCGAAUGCGGCUUCUGACAAGUUCAAUAAGCAGCAGGCUGAAGCCAAGGGCCUCGGCGCAUCGAACGCGCCUGCCGUAAAGGAGCAGAAGAAGCCUGGUGAAGCACCGGUGGCCAGCGACAGCGGUAAUUCGAAUGUCGGUGUCGACCCCAGUGCAAACAAUCCCGGUGAGGCUGGCAUUGGUGGACCCAAUUACGGCACUAGGUAG